AUGGAACCCAACACACAUGUCUGCGGUCCUGCGCAAGGCCAACCGCACACACAUACUAUCAUUUUCCUACAUGGCCGCGAUAGCGAUGCUCAUGAAUUUGCCGAUGAGCUCUUUGAGAGCGAAGGCAGUACAGACUCAGCCGCCCCCGAGCAAGACCGAACCUUGCCUGGACUGCUUCCCACAGUUCGCUGGGUUUUCCCGGCCGCGCCGCUUAUGCAAUCGCAGCGAUUUAACUCUGCCAUGUCUCAGUGGUUUGAUAUGUGGGCCGUUGAAGACCCUGAGGUCAAAAGCGAGCUUCAACGUAACGGCUUGCACCGCAGCAUUCACGCUGUACUCGCAAUUGUCGAGGCGGAAACAAAACUUGUCCCGAAGAACCGAAUAUUUUUGUGUGGAAUCAGCCAGGGAUUUGCCACUGCACUGUCUCUCCUUCUUGCCGAAGGCCAGGGAGGCUUUGCUGGUCUCAUCGGCUUGUGUAGCUGGCUGCCUUUCUCGUCCGAAGUCGAAGCGAAAAUCAGCGAGUGUACUUCGGAGAUGCCUCUUUUCUCUUCCCUGCAAGCGCUUUAUUACUCCGAGAACCCCUUAAAAACACCGCUCUCUAGUCGACUUAAAGCAACACCAAUUCUCCUUGGGCACACACUAGACGAUGCGGUUGUCCCUCUCGAGAACGCUCAGCGCAUGAAGAAUGCUCUUUCACUGCUUGAAUUUAAGAAAGUGGAUUGGCAUGUGUAUGAAGAUGGGGGACACUGGAUUAAUGAGCCGCAGGGUGUUGAUGAUAUUAUAGCCUUCAUCAAAGAGAACUGGGAGUAG